CCAGGACUAGAGGUGGAGAGACGUGUUUUUUUCCUCUCCAUUCGGCUAGAUUAUACCCGCUUCUUUAAAAAACAUUGACUGUUUGUUUUUUGUUUUCCUCCAUUUUCUCUCGUCCUGUUCGUUAUCUUUCGUUCCCCCCUCUUUCAGUCAUUGUUUUUAUUCAGCCGUAUUUAUAUACCCUCCGACCAUCUGUGUGCGUGUUUUGUGUGUGUUUGUUUGUCUUACAUGUGAGAGAGUGCCAGUGUUCAAAGCCCCUACAAUUUUUGUUGUUUUGUUUCCAUUCGUCUCAUCUUCCGGCCAACUAAAAAGUUUGACACGAAUCCGGUCGAGUCACCUGCCUAAACCUCAUACGCUGGUGAAUAAUAGAGCGGCCCACAGCUUGUCAGUUUCACGUUGCGUGUCCGAUAAAGAAAACGCAACGCCGAGUGAGCGACCCAAAAUAAUAAAAUAAGAGGAAGAAUUUUGUAGCACUUCCGUGUGGUUGUGUAUUAUCCAGGAGACCGUGACUUUGAAAACGGGAAAAGUUAUUUCCUAAAAAAAUUUUAUUUUGAGGAGAAGUUUCUGGUCUUGUCGUUCUGAACGUGUCAAAAAAGAACCGGUGAAAUCAAAAGGAAAUAAAAAAGUGGCACGGUUGAUAUUUCCUUCCUUCCUUUUUCUCGUGUGUCCUAUAACCCCCAUCGGGGUGGGUUAUGGGCGAUGAUGUAAAGAAGAACCCAUCCACCACCCGCUAUCACCGCCGCCACCACAGUUUCUGAUGUCGGAAACUAUUUCUGAAACUUGGGCGUCACUUUCCUAUUUAUUUCUUUUCCUCGACGAUUCCAACUUGAGAAAAUAAAAACCAAAUUUUAUUUAAAAAAGAAGAAAAAAGGAAUUUUUAUUUUAUUUUUAUUUUUUGUAUCUGCCUGGCGGUAGUGGUGCUGCCUCGUACCGUCUAAACUUGGCUCCAUCUCUCUCUCAUUCACUCACGCCCCUGGUUUCUUAUGCAGCAGUAGUGUGUCGUGUCGGCGGGGCUCAUAACGGGGGGAAGGUUCAGGCUGCUCUGUGUGUGUGCGUGACGUGCGCGUGUUGCAUCUCAUCGGCGGACAGUUUGUGUGUGUGCGUCUUUCCAUGUGUCCGGUGCCCCGUGUGUAUCUCUCUCUCUCCACCAUUUAUAUGAAAACCGCCCAACGUUUCCUCGGUCUGAUAUAGACAUCACACAUUGCCUCGGCUCUUACACAAGGACAAACCCCAACUCUUGCUGUCCUUGGAUUAGACGAAAUUGGGAUCAUCUUUCUCUUGGACGAAACGAGUAACUUGUCGGCCAGCAAGUGAAAGCCUCUCUCGAGCUGCUGCUGCUGCUGAGAGUCGAUCGAGCAUUCGGUCGGCAGGGCGAAAUAAUAACAUUCGUUAGAUAGCUGGCCUGCUGCUGGUCUGCUUUAACCCGUUUGUUUGUUUCUUUUCCACUGGAGAGAGAGAGACAACCGGCCAACUGGCACAAGUUAUUGGCAUAGCUGGCAGCCAUGCAAGCCUCUAGGAGCGGAUGUGUGUCGGAAGUCCCGAAAUUGCCAGCUUACAGCGUUGCUUGUUCUAGGUCGUCCAUGGAGAGCCUACCGCCACCUGUUUCAUGGAACUCGCUCACCAGUCGCAGGCCAAUGGGAGCAGCAGCUUCGCGCGGUGGAGAGGAUUCGUCGCGAGCAACGGCCGAGCUGACGAAAGCCAAUUCGAGUGAAUAUCACGUCGGUCUUUCGCAAACUCCGUCGACGCCGGCGCCUACGGGGGCUAACCUUCACACUUCAGCAGCAGGUUAUUAUUCUUCCUAUUGUGGCAUCACCGGAUCAGCCGGAUCAUCCGUACUGGCACCGGCAACAUCUACAGGAGGGGCUGGCGCCCCCGGUUCCGCCGGCUACCGCGAUCACGGCGACCAAUCCAGCGGCGAGUGGGACGUGAGAAGAUGGAACGAAGAGCGCGAAAGAGAUCGGGAAACUUGGAUCAACGACCCGGAAUGGCUCCGCGUCGAGUCUUGGCUCGACGAACACCCCAACUUUUGUCUCGACUACUUUCUCAGGAAAGCCACUCGGCCGAUGAUCGACGAAUGGCUGGUGUCGCAUUCACUCCCCAGUGCAGGGGCAUCAGCUGCCGAAACGGACACGAUUUCGCCUAGUGGCCAACAACUGCAACUGGGCAACAAUGGGAAAACUGGGAUUGCGACUCCCGUUCGCAAGAUUUCUGCUCACGAAUUUGAGAAGGGAGGUCUGCUCCGACCGCUGGUUACCAACGUCGAAGGCACGGUGACGUUCCUGACCCAAACGACCAGCGAAGAGACACACGCCCUCAUCAACAGCACAAUUAAACCGUUCCGGCGGAAUCGGAACGAGCUCAAAUCACUCGACGAGAAAGAGAUCAUCUUCGAACUGGUGAAAGACAUUUGCAACGACCUGGAUGUGCGUAGCCUAUGCCACAAAAUUCUCCAGAAUGUCAGCAUCCUGACGAAAGCGGAUCGAUGUUCACUAUUCCUGGUGCAGGGUGAACGAGGGUCCGAUUCGCGCUGCCUCGUUUCCAAACUUUUCGACGUCUGUUCUCAAUCCACUUUGAAGGAAAUGGAAAAAAAGGAAGAAAUUCACAUCCCGUGGGGAUCCGGAAUUGUGGGCUACGUAGCUCAAAGUGGCGAAGCAGUCAACAUACCUGAUGCAUACAAAGACGAACGCUUCAAUCAUAAAGUGGAUGCCAAGACCGGCUAUCACACACGCUCAAUGCUCUGUCUGCCCAUCAAAGACUCGAAUAACGAAGUCAUUGGAGUCGCCCAAGUCAUCAACAAACAGGGAGAUAACGAAGCCACGUUUACGACUCACGAUAGCCAGGUGUUCGCCGGCUAUCUCCAGUUCUGCGGCAUUGGUCUCAAAAACGCGCAACUCUACGAGCGCAGCCAAUUAGAAAUUAAGCGCAAUCAGGUUUUAUUGGAUUUAGCUCGUAUGGUCUUUGAGGAGCAAAGUACGACCGAGACCGUGGUCGACCGCAUCUUAGCACAUACGCAAUCACUGAUUCAGUGUCAGCGUUGCCAGGUAUUACUAGUCCACGAAGAGUCGAAAGGAACGUUUUUCCGUGUAUUCAAUUAUCCCAAAGCCAGCGAAGAGGACCUGCAAAAUCCUGGAACUAGGUUUCCUUUCAGUCCUAAUGAAAGUCGAUUUCCGAUUAACGUGGGCAUCACGAGCUACGUCGCAACUACCGCAGAGACAGUGAAUGUAGUGGACGCCUACGAGGAUCAACGUUUCGAUCGUUCAGUCGACGACGGGAAGGAUUUCAAACACAAAACCAUUCUGUGCAUGCCAAUCAAGAAUUCCAAAGGUCACACCAUUGGCGUCAUUCAGUUAGUCAACAAAUUCAACAACUUGCCCUUCACCCAGAAUGACGAGAACUUUGUCGAAGCUUUCUCCAUCUUUUGCGGCAUGGGCAUCUACAACACCAACAUGUUCGAGAAAGCCAUAGCGGCCGAAAAUAAGCAGCGCGUCAUACUCGAAGUGUUGAGCUAUCACGCUACCGCACCGGUCGAAGAAGCAUCCAAGUUGAAGAAAGCCAUCGUCCCGUCGGCCAUAGCGUAUCGGCUGCACGACUACCGUUUCAACGACUUUAGUUUGGAGGACGAAGAAACAUUAAAGGCCUGUCUGCGAAUGUUUCUAGAUUUGGAUUUGAUCGAGAGAUUUCACAUCGAUUACGAAGUUCUCUGUCGAUGGCUGUUGAGCGUCAAGAAGAACUACCGCAACGUGACUUACCAUAAUUGGAGGCACGCCUUUAACGUCGCUCAAAUGAUGUUCGCCAUCGUGACGGGAACACGAUGGUGGGAAAUUUUGGGCGAAAUCGAGGUUCUUUCGCUAAUAAUGGCUUGUUUGUGUCACGAUCUCGACCACAGGGGAACCAAUAAUUCCUUUCAAAUCCAAACAAAAUCGUCGCUCGCAAUGCUGUACUCUACAUCGACGAUGGAAAGGCACCAUUUCGACCAAUGUCUCAUGAUUUUAAGUAGUCAGGGCUGUCAGAUACUGAGCAACGUGUCCAAGGACGAGCAUAAGGCAAUCAUCAAAGUCCUGGAAGAAGCCAUCAUAUCAACCGACUUGGCUGUUUAUUUCAAGAAACGAAAAGCCUUCUUUGAUUUAGUUGAGGACCGGUCGUACGAUUGGUGGCAGGAUGGUCACCGGGAGCUGUUGCGCGGCAUGAUGAUGACUGCGUGCGACGUGGCGGCCAUCACCAAGCCGUGGGAGGUGCAGUGGAAGGUGGCCGACUUGGUUGCAAACGAGUUCUUUGAACAGGGUGACAUCGAGCGCAAGGAAUACAAUAAAAUUCCUAGUGACAUGAUGGAUCGAGAAAAGAAAGAUCAGCUACCUGCUAUGCAAGUAGGAUUUAUCGACUCUAUCUGUCUACCAGUCUAUAACGCAUUUUCCUCGGUUAAUGAAAAACUAACUCCUCUGCUGGACGGAGUCCAGGCCAAUCGAAAGACUUGGCAGUCGCUGGCUGAUUCCUACAAUCAGCGUUUGGAGGAUCAGAAGGAAGACGACAUCCCCGAGCAAAAAAGAAAACUGGAGCAUCAGCACUCACAGCCGCAACAGCCGUCUCCGCAAGUGAAUGGCCAGAUUAGUCCCGUCGAGGCUUAAUGGAAAAGAAACCAACAACUGACAAUGACUUGCUGCCAAAAAAAAAGAAGAAAAGAGAACCUCUCUCCUUUAAAAGACUUGUAAAAAAAAAUAACAAACAAAACAAACAAACAAUCGAUCAUCACUGGCACAACGGGUAUUGGGAUGAAAGCGUUCCGCAUACUCGCCGAGUCAAAUGUACAUAUACGUACUGUAUCUCUACCGGCUGGCACAAAUGAUACUUCUUCGUCAACCACAAGACGGAAUAAGUGAUGGACUGUUUCAGUAACGUUUUUUCUUCCCUCUGUUGUUGUUUCCCUUUCACUGGAGAAGGGCAGAUGAUGGUAUAUGGUACUAUGGCGCAAACAAAAAAAUUUUAAAGGUCUAUAUAUAUAUAUCAAUUAAAAGAAAAUAAUGAAGUGAGUCACAAGUCGAGUCAUAUCCGAUUUGUGACUGCAAACCUAUGGCUGGCAAAAAACAAAAAAAAAACGGACGUGACGUUCCUUAUUUGCUCGUAUUCCCAAUUUUGUUUUGAUUUAUUUUUCGUGUUCGUUUCAUUUGUCUAUGCGCGUUCUUAAUUCCUAUUGUAAUGCAUGUAUUAUAUUUGAAAACAAUCCCCCUCACAAGUACAGGAAACAAAUGAUGGUCUACAUAAAAUCCUGUUUGAAAAAUUAUGACAGUCUUCUAUGUGUCACAUCUCAUAUGCUGCACAUCACCAACCUUUUCUGUCUCCUUUUUUUUCUCUUCCUCUCUCCGCAUUCCCACCUCAUCCCCUUUAUUAACUAUCAGUCUAUCAUAUACCUUCCCCCCCGGUCUCGUAUUUAUGAAUCAACACAAAUGUGUCAGCAUAUGGUGUCAGAUUUGUCUCACGACAUUUUCCGUUUUUUUUUCGUGCCCCGUUUGAGAAAAAGCAAAAACAAAUGAAUGCCUAGAUCAUUUGCGCAUAUUGUCGCCCCUACCCCUCCUCCCUCCCCAUCCGGUCUCCUUAAUGAUGAUUUGUUACAUACCGAUGAUGGAAUGGAAUUGCCAAGUACAACGUUUUUAAAAUCCCCAA